AUUGCCACCCGAUCGCUAGCUCGCUCGUCCGCCUCCGCCUCUCACUUUUGUCUCGCGUGCCCAAACCCCAACCAAACCCUCGCGCCGCGGCGAUGGAUCUACGCCGGCCGUCGCGCUCCUCGUCGAGCGGCGUGGAGCCCAAGAUCCGCCAGGUCGGCUUCUUCACCCCGGACGCCUCGGCCCCCUCCGAGCCCCCUGCCGCCGCCGCCGGCCCCUACGCCGCUGCUUCUGCUGCGGCUCCGCCGCCGGCGGGCGCGACCGCGGUGUCGCCGCCGGCGUCCGACCUCUCCCCGGGCCGGCUCUCCCCCGUCAUGAUCCCUCCCCCGCGCCACGCCGAUCACCUCGCCCCGGGCUCACCCUCCCCUGCGGCGGCCGACUUCGUCCUCGCCACCUCGGCGCCGGUGACUUCGUCCACCCGCUUCGACGCCGCGUCUGGGAUUGGUGACGACGACGCGUGGUCCCGCGCGCCUUCUGCCGCGGAGCUAGGAGAAAACAAGCAUAGUUUGGCUGAAAUACAGAAUGAAGGCACUCCAGCUUCCAUUCCACAAAAGCAGAAGACUUCGAAAGCAGAGAGGCGUGCAAUUCAGGAGGCUCAACGUGCUGCUAAAGCUGCUGCGAAGGAGGCAGGUUCUGUGGCUGGUCCUGCAAUGUCCAAGCAAGCAAAGUCAGCAAAAACUGCUCAGAAGAAAGACUUGCCCCAGGCUGCAAGUACAGUUGCUUCCGAGAAGAAGGUUACUGAACGUCUUCCAGAAAGAGAAAGAAAGAAGGAUGUUCCUCACCCCCGGAUGCAAUUUGACGAUGUACAUAAGGUGGAGAAAGCAAAAAAGCGUGCGGUUGUCAACCAAUCAGAAGCUCGAAACAGAGUUGAACUGUUUAGGCAUUUGCCUCAGUACGUGCAUGGCACUCAGCUUCCUGAUCUCGAGUCAAAAUUCUUUCAACUUGAACCAAUGCAUCCUUCUGUGUACAAGGUUGGGCUCCAAUAUCUGUCCGGUGAAGUAUCUGGUGGCAAUGGUCGUUGCAUUGCAAUGCUUCUUGCAUUCAGAGAGGCGAUAAAAGAUUACACUACACCUCCAAACAAAACUCUCAGCAGAGAUCUUACUGCAAAAAUAAGUAGUUAUGUGUCAUUUCUUAUCGAGUGCAGGCCUCUUUCAAUUAGCAUGGGCAAUACUAUUAGGUUUUUGAAGAACAGGAUUGCCAAGCUACCACAUACAUUGUUGGAGUCUGAAGCCAAAGCCAGUCUUCAGUCUGAUAUCGAUCGUUUUAUAAAUGAGAAGAUAGUUCUUGCAGAUAAGGCUAUUGUCAGUCAUGCCAUCUCAAAAGUCAGAGACAAUGAUGUCUUGUUGACAUAUGGAUCAUCAUCAGUUGUUGAAAUGAUUUUGGAUUAUGCUCAUGAACUUGGGAGGAAGUUCCGUGUUAUAAUUGUAGAUUCUCGUCCAAAGCUUGAGGGACAGGGAUUACUGCACAGAUUAGUGGCGAAGGGCAUCAACUGUACAUAUACACAUAUAAAUGCCAUCUCAUACAUCAUGCAUGAAGUUACAAGAGUCUUCUUGGGUGCCUCCUCAAUAUUAUCAAAUGGAACAGUUUAUUCUCGAGUUGGGACAGCAUCUGUGGCUAUGGUUGCACAUGCUUUUGGAAUCCCUGUUCUCGUAUGUUGCGAGGCAUACAAAUUUCAUGAGAGGGUGCAGCUUGAUUCUAUAUGCGCUAAUGAGCUCGGUGAUCCAGAUGUCAUUUUGAAAGUUCCUGGGAAGGCAGAUUUGGGCCAUCUAAAGAACUGGGCAGACAAUGCAAAUCUCCAACUGCUAAAUCUUGCGUACGAUGCCACCCCUUCUGAUUAUGUGUCGAUGGUCAUAACGGAUUAUGGAAUGCUUCCGCCCACCAGUGUACCAGUCAUUGUGAGAGAGUACCGCAAGGAGAAGCUGUGGAUAUAGGCACACUGCCGUAUGAUAGCAUUUUUGGUGACUAUUGCUGCCUAACUGCGACGUGUUGAUGUUUUGCACUAUCAGCCUCAGAGGUUGUUUAAUUGGUCUUAAUUGUUUUGUUUACUAGAAAUGGUUCAGCCAGUUUUGCGAUCACUUGUAUGACUUGUUAACUCCAUGAAGAACUUUUUAAAGAUUCAACUUAAAUCGAACUGAAUUCUAA